GGAUGGAGAGACUCUCACUCCUCCAGCAUCCAUCACUCGACUCGUCUCUCCUGGAUCUGGAACUCUCACUCCGCUCCGUCUCUGUGUGAAAUCAGACGUUCUGCUAGAAUGAGGAACCUGACGGCUCUGCUGCUUCUGCUGUCGCUCAGCUCUCUGUAUCUGGUGUCUAGUGCUACUAUCAGGGCUGACGUCAUGAAAACCUGCUGUCAAAGCGCAACUAAAGCGGCAAUCCCACUAAAGAACAUUGUGACCUACUGGAGGACCAGCAGCAGCUGCCCCCUACAGGCCAUUGUUUUUCAGAUGCUAAAUAAGGUACAGAACACCAUUCGUACAGUCUGUGUGGAUCCUACAGCCGUUUGGGUCGACAGUCACAUGAGGAAAGUGGAUCUUAAGAACAAAGUUGGUGUAACAGCAAAACUCUGAGUCUCAGCGUUACACGGGAUUACAACACUGAAGACUAACUUAAUAUUUUGGCAACAUUUUGUAAUUACUGUUUCUGUUUAUUUUAAAAUAUAAAAAUAUGCAUUUUGUAACUAUUUAUGUAUAGAACUGACAUUCUCAGCCGAGUCUCAGUGUGACAGCAUCACAUGCUUCUUGAAAGACUCUGUUCUCUCUUCAGGUUUGUUUUCAAUAAAUGAUUCAGUAAAAUAAAAUGAAGUGGUGUUGCACAUAAGUAACAUGUAACUGUCUCUAAUAAAUACACACACUGUACAGUAUUUCUUUUGGUUU